AUGCCAGCCCAACAGAAGAAAGUCAUAUUUUGCAUAGCUGGGGUGUUAAGCUUUGCUUGUGCUCUAGGCAUUGCAGCAGCUGUCGGAACUCAGUUAUGGAUCAAAGGAACAAUACUGUGCAAAACUGGAGCUCUGCUUGUCAAUGCUACAGGACCAGAACUGGAGAAGUUUAUUGGUGAAAUUCAGUAUGGGCUUUUCUAUGGGGAGCGUGUUAGACAAUGUGGGCUAGGAGGGAGACCUUUUCGAUUUUCAUUUUUUCCAGAUUUGCUCAAAAUUAUCCCUGCAAGUAUCCAUGUAAGUGUCAUUCUCUUCUCUACAGUACUGAUAGUCUUUGCUCUGGUGGGAACAGGUUUCUUCAUGUACAAUGCAUUUGGCAAUCCCUAUGAAACUCUGCAUGGUCCAGUAGGGUUAUAUCUUUGGAGCUUCAUUUCAUAUUUGUUGUUGGGAAAUUCUUGGAGCAGUGAUGUUUCUUGUUCUAUUUCAGGUUCUUGCAGUUGUCUCAUCAUGAUACUAUUUUCUUCAGAAGUGAAAAUUCACCACCUCUCUGAGAAAAUUGCAAAUUACAAAGAGGGAAGUUUCAUCUUUAAAACUCAUGAUGAACAAUUUCAGGAUUCAUUCUGGAUCAUCCUGGUUUGCUCUUUGGUGCACUUUCUGAAUGUUUUGCUAAUACGGCUUGCUGGAUUUGAAUUUCCUUUUUCAAAAUCUGAAGAGUCAGAGACAACUACUGGAGCAGUUGAUCUCAUGUACUAGCCUGAUGUUGAUUUUUAAUAACAUUUCAAGCAAAAGGGUUAAUCUCAGCCACUUUCAACAAUGACCAAAUAUAUCUGGUUUUACAUGAUUAAUUUGAAAUACAUUAAAAUCAAGAGGAGAUCUAAAAUAAAUGUCAACACAGUAAAUACAAUAAAGGCAUAGUAUGCACGGUCCUCAUUAGGACUAGAUCAAGAGAUCCUUACUCCCAUCACGUAGUACCUUAUGACAGUAGUCCCAUUUGGUUCAAUGGGAUGAGAGAAAGAAGAUAUGACAGAGAUCUGGGCCCUAUGUACUUUAAUAAUGGAGGAAGACAUAAACAUAUAGGCAAACAUUUCCACCAGCAGUACAGCAUUUGCCUAUAUCCAGUGGUGUACUGGAAUGACUACUACUAAUGUUUUAUGUAUCAAGACUGGACUAAGAAUUCCACUCCGGCCAACAAAUGAGGAGUGGUGAUUGCACCAUAAAGCUGCAAACACCAAAUGAAAGAAAACAGAAUGUAUUGUUGUAGCUUAAGUAACAAAUUUAGGGCCCAUACCUGCAAAAUAAGAAGAUGAAUUAUCUCUCUCAAGUGCAAUGACCAUGAGUAAUGUUCAAAAACAUACUGGGGGGCAGGGGUGGUUAUUCCAAACAGAAGUGGAAUGGGAUCUACAGAAUAUGUAACCAAACUAGAAGGCUGCAUACCCAAUUGAUUGCUGUGCCUUAAUCGUUACAAAUACUCCAUAUUUUAGGGUCCAGUGGGAGCUGGGUAUUCAGCACCUCCAAGGCUUGCUGAGUACCUUGCACUAUUGAGUCCAUAAAAGAGAGACUGUUCUAUAACCUUAUAUGCCUCCAUCCCUCCUAAAUUGCUCAGAAAGAAGUCUCCUUUCUGCCUCUUGUUUCCUCAUGUGUUGUCUGCUGCCUCCACUUAAAAAAAUAAAAGAGAGAGAGGUUAACCAGACAAAGGAUUUUUGCAAUACAAGAGUUUGAACAGCAGGUGAUUUUUUUUUUAAUUCGUUAGUGCAGAAGCUCCAUUUUUUUUUAAAUACUUGUUCUCGGUGGUUCUGGUAAACAACAUUAGAGGAAGAUAGCAGACAACUUAAACCCACACAUAUUUCACAGAUACCACAUCUAGCAUAUUAUUGACAAUCCCAGAAGACCAUAGAGGGCAGAAAUAGAAAAUACAACCUGUUGCUUGGUUGGAGAAGGGGCAAAUUAAUUAUUAUUUGAACACAUACAGGAUGAAAUCCUGGCCCUACUGAAGUCAAAGGCAAAACUCCGACUGACUUCAACAUCUGAAGGGUUUCACCCAUAGUAAGAGAUUCUCUGUCCUGAAGACUUUACUUUCUAAACAGAAGGAGAGUCAAAGGGUAGGAGGGGAAAUAGUGGCAUAGAGGGGGAGGGGGGCAGUGACUUGCCCACGAUAACAGAGGCGGUCAGUGGCAGAGCAUGGAAUACAACGCAGGUCUCCUGCCUCCUACCCCAGUGCCCCAUGCCCCAUUGUCUUCUAAAGCAUAUCAUACAAAUUGGAAUUUUAAUUAGAUGCAAUGCACACUGUAGUAUGCCACAACCAAGAAAUAUCUUUGAUAUGAACAAUUAGUAAGUGUACAGACAAACUGAAAAUCAUUUUAAUAGGAUUGUUGAUAAGGAAAUACAGUAAGUGAAAAAAGGAUGUUCUGUUCUGGUUGUGUGUGUUAUAAAGAUUAUCUACUUUACAAUUUUUUUCAACAUCUUUGAAAUUUUAAUGUAAUGGAUCAAAAAUACAAAUAAGUUUGUUUUGUAUAUUUUUA